AGUCCUGUUCUCCCCUGUUUGUCGUGUUGUGACGCAGCGUCGCCGCUCACCUCCCCCGCCCAUUAACCCGUGCCUUUCUCCGCUUCGGCUGCAGUGCAUAAUAUUACUUUUGCAAGCUCUUCGUUACUGUAUAUUCUUGUUCUGUGUUUUUUUCUUUUCCGUUCUAUAUUUACAGUUUUUAGCUUAGGUCCUAUAUUCCUCUUGUUUCUCUUCUUUUCUCUUCGGAGCGCGCUCGAUUGCACAACUUUGUGUUGUUGUUUAAGACCGCACUGUUGACGAAAUACUCAUCAACGCACAUUAAUUCGCGUAAAUUUCGAAUUGUGUCUUGUACUUCUUUUCGUUUUCUCACCGAUUCCUUCGUUUCGUGUCUUUUCCCCCUUCGUUUCUUGGUGUAGCUGCCACGGUGCUUUCUCCAUUCGAUAUUUAACAACAAAAGAAAAAUGGGGUACAUUGGCCGUAUCAUUUUCGGCAUCGUUCAGUUUGCCGCGAUUCUCCUCAUCUCCUUCGGCAUCCCGCUGGGGAUGAUGCAGCCAUCUGAGGAGAAGGCCCUGAACUUGAAGGACUCCUACUGCAUCAGUAUGUGGGGCAUCAAAGACAGCUGUCUGCGGUUGAACUACGCCUACAAGCCAGAGGCGGUGUGGUCCAACUGCAGCGGGCGUGAAGGCCGCUUCAAGGCGGCCCGGGUCUGCGCCAUCAUUGCGGUUAUCAUCUUUGCCGUCUCCUUCCUUCUCAGCUUUCUGAUGUCGUGCUGCUACCCGUGCAUCUCGUACGUGUGCAUCCUGCUGAACUUUGCUGCGAUGGUCUUCGUAACGGUGUGCUGGGGCUGCAUGCUGGACUGCUACCUGCGCAAUAUGGGGUCUGACACCACGACCUUCCCUGGCCAGGACGUCUGCGUGAAGCUGAAAAGCUUCCACGGCACGGACGGCACCUACGUGAACGGCAUGCAUCUGGGCACCGGCUUCAUUCUGAUCGUCGUUGGCUGGGCCCUCGGGUUGGUCAACAUGUUUGUGCUUCUUCUCCCGUGCUGA